AUGAAGUCAGGGCAACUAAGCCCUCCAACAUACUGCCUAGAGGACAACCUAGGACCUUCUAUCCUGGACCAUUGUCGUUGCUCAGAGAAGACUCAAGGCUCAUUCUGUGAUACUGCUUCAAUGCUCAAGGCUAGAGCGCUUUUUGAAAGCACUCCUGAUCAUGAAAAGGAAAAUCACAGUCUCCCAGCCAGCCUGAGAUGGCAGUUGGAGGACCCAGGCACUAUUGCCUCCGGAGACCUACGGACUCUGGAGCCAGGAAGAAAGCAAGACAUCAUCCCCAUGCCAUCUCUCGGCACAGAGGAAAAUUCAUUCUGA